AUGUCUGAUUCGGGAAAUGGUACGGUGACACCGGAUUGCGAGGUGGCUCCUGAUGCGAAAGAGUUCAAGCAGAAACCAAAUAAUGGAUUCAGAGAAAUGCGAAAUUAUCGAGGAAAUUAUAGAACCGCUGAAAGAGGUGCUUUUCAAGGGACCGAGCGUAAUGAUCAGAGAAACUAUCCUGCGAACAGGGUUCCAAACGGUGUUAACAACAAUUUUCCUCACUAUAGAGGAGGGAACUUCCCGAGGAGACGAGGAGGUCGUUUUGGCCCUGGCCCUAAUAUGGGAACGCACGACGGUUCUCCUCGCCCAGAUUAUUGGCAAUGGGACACGUCCCCCGUUCGUUUCUUUAACUAUCAGAGACCCAAUAGUUUCACUUACGAACCUGGAGUCAGUCGUCGCCCUGGCCCCACCACAUUAGGCUUCAUAUUUCGUGGCAAGUGA